AAAUGCAUGAAAGUAGAAAUGACUCCGUUGGUUUUGUCACCUUUUCUUCAACUCAACCAGUUAACUUGCCAAGAAUUAGUUAUAAACGAGCUCGAUUCCCUGCUCUAGUAUCCAACCAACGGAACGUUAGCAGGAAACCAGUAGUUUGUACUGUUCAGUCGGUUCCUUCCAUCUACUCAACUACAGAUGUACGCAUCUCCAAAACUUCCGAAUGGAAAGCUUUAGAAGAACACGCCAAAAAUGUUAUUUUAAAGACGCAUUUGAGAGAUCUGGUAACCGAUGCAAAACGAUCAGAGAAGCUUUGGGCUGAAUUUGAUGGUUGUAUAUUGGACUAUUCAAGACAACGUGUUAUUCCAGAGACUAUGAAGCUGUUAUUUGCGUUGGCAAAAAGGGCUCAGUUGGAAGAAAAGAAAGAAGCUAUGUUCAGAGGAGAUAAAAUCAACGUCACUGAGGACAGAAGUGUUUUGCAUACGGCACUUCGAGCACCUAAAGGAACGCAGUUAUAUAUUGAUGGGAUGAACGUUGUUGAUGAAGUUUGGCAAAUACUUGAGAAAAUUCGAACAUUCUCUGAACGUGUUCGAAAUGGCCAGCAUGUUGGAGUCACUGGUCGUCCUAUUAAGAAUUUCAUUGCAAUUGGUAUUGGAGGUUCCUAUUUGGGUCCUGAGUUUCUACAUGAGGCUUUACGAACUGAGAAAGUUGCCUCUGCUGCAGCUGGAGAUAGAGUUCUCCGCUUUUUGAGUAAUGUAGACCCUGUCGAUGUGAAGAGAGCAACAGACAAAUUGAAUCCAGAAGAAACCUUGGCUAUAGUUGUAAGCAAAACUUUCACUACUCGUGAAACGAGUAUCAAUGCCAAAACCAUAAAAGAUUGGCUUAUUUAUCAUUUGGGAGAUUCUGCAGAAACUAUAAAGAAACAUAUGGUGGCUUGUUCUACUAAUCUGGAUAAGGUUGUCAAAUUUGGUAUAGCUCCAGAAAAUAUGUUUCCUUUUUGGGAUUGGGUUGGCGGAAGAUAUUCUGUAUGCUCUGCCGUUGGAGCAUUACCCAUUUCAUUGCAAUAUGGAUUUGAUGUGUUUGAACGUUUCUUGCAAGGAGCUCAUAGCAUGGAUGCUCACUUUCGAUAUGCACCACUGGAAGGCAACUUGCCAGUAUUACUAGGUCUGUUAGGAGUUUGGAAUAUGUCAUUUUUAAAUUACAACGCUCGAGCUAUUCAUCCUUAUUCCGAAGCACUUUUAAGGUUCCCCGCUCAUAUCCAACAGUUAGAUAUGGAGAGUAACGGAAAACAUGUCAACAUAUUUGGAGAAGCUGUAGAUUACCCUGUCGGUGAAAUCGACUUUGGGGAGCCAGGCACCAAUGGACAACAUUCUUUCUUUCAACUUUUGCAUAUGGGUCAAGUGGUUCCUUGUGACUUUAUUGGUUUCAUAGAGUCUCAAAAUCCAGUUUGUGAAGAAGGAGAGCCUGUUUCCAACCAUGAUGAGUUGAUGGCCAAUUUCUUUGCGCAGCCGGAUGCUCUAGCCUUUGGAAAGACAGCUGAAGAAGUUCGGCAAGAAGGGAAAUCUGAAUGGUUGACUCCUCAUAUGGUGUUUACAGGCAAUCGACCAUCAUCUUGUCUUUUAAUGCCUGUUUUGGAUGCAUAUGUCACUGGACAACUCUUGGCUCUUUAUGAACAUCGUACUGCGGUGCAAGGAUUUUUAUGGGAGAUCAAUUCCUUUGAUCAGUUUGGAGUAGAACUGGGAAAGGUGUUGGCAAACAAAGUCCGCAAACAAUUGAAUGAAAGCAGGUACUUUAAUAAGGAGAUUUCUGGAUUCAACCACUCUACCACCAAAUUACUCAACCGAUACUUGGAAGGUUCCGUAGGGUGUGCUUUCGAGCAUGUUUUUCAUUACGAAGACGAAUAAUUUGAUAUUCAAAAUACUGCAAAAAGAGUAUUAUAGAAUAUGUCCAAGUUUCAAAAACUAUGUAGCUAUAUAAAGUCCUUAUAAGUUGCGUGACAUCUUAUGUUA